AGACCAUCUUUUACCUUUUCCCGUCUUGUAACGCUUGAAUGGCGGUGAGCAGCCAAGCCGAAUUGUUAGGUCAAGGCACUACGUGCCAAUUCUUUGCAUUGGGUUUCUAGUCACUUUAUUCCCCCCCCCCCCCUUCCUGCUUUCUAAGAACGACGGAUCUUGCCGCGAUCACUAAGAAACUUUCAUUCGCCGCCAUGAAACAAGCCUCCGCCAUUCAUAUGGAUCCAGCCGAUAUUGCAAUCACGGACUGGGGGAAAGCAUGGUAUUGGGCCCUUACAGCCAUAUUUUUCAUACUCGGUGUCAUUUUCGUUGCCGUGGCCAUCUUCAAUCGCAAGAAACAGCUCUCAAUUUUCUGCUAUCUCUCCGCUCUGAGCUGCUACACUUUGUCCAUGGGAUAUUUUGGCAUGGCUGCUGACAUGGGCUGGAUUGCGAUUGAGGUAGAAUUUGUGCGAGGCGAUUGGACAGGUCUCUCUGAAAGUCACCCUACGCGACAGGUGUUUUGGAUUCGUUAUCUUGCAUGGGUGAUUGCCACUCCGUUGGUUACAACCGAAAUUUUCAUCCUAGUCUCCGCCUCUCUUCGAGUUAUUCUGCUUGACUCGUUUCUCAUUUUCAUCGUCAUCGCGACGGGAUUGGGCGGAGCAAUAACUCCAACCUCGUACAAGUGGGCUUAUUUUUUCUACGGAGCCAUUGCAUGCGCAGGGAUUGCCGUCUUGUUUACGCAUGGAUACAACUUGGCAUCGGCGAAAAAGAAGCCAAUGAAGCAAAUGUAUCUUCUCUGCAGUGUGCUAACAGCCGUUGUGUGGUCCGGCUACGCCCUCGCAUGGGGAUUGAGUGAAGGGGCCAAUAUUAUUUCGCCAGAUGGCGAAGGUCUUUUUUACGGUAUACUGGACUUGCUCACAGGACCAGGGUUUGGUUUCCUCGUCUUGCUGACCGCUCGUCGAUGUCUGUGCGAAGGGGGAGAUGGAUCAGAGGAGUGAGACAAGAGUAGUCUACUUAGGCUGUGUGAAAACCGUUGGGGCGCAGAUGCAAUAAUGUUGGGUGAUUCGAUCAUCACCCUUUGGGCAUCAUCAAUUCUAUUAGCUUCUAGUCUGUGAGAAGGUGGCGGAGGGUAUCGUAUGGGGCGGCAAAGUGGCAAGUAUGUUAUUGGAUGAUGUUUCUUAGCGAUCCCCCUUGCCGAUCUAUGACGCUAUCAAGGCGUUCCAGACUCUCAGUCUGAGACAUCAUUUUAUAUCACACCGUUCUAAGACUUUCAGCUCAUGC